UGAACAACCCCUUCACUAAGCAAGCAAGCAAGAGCCAAGAACCCGCGUAAAUACGGAAAAACGAACAGCUGCAGUUGGAGUGAAAGAGAUAAUCGUAGAUACCAAAUUCGGUCGAUUCUCUCAACGGCUGUGGCUAGGCUGAGCAUUGUCUGCAACUCUUCCUGGAUUCUUCGAUUCGGACGAAUACACGUCUUCAAGCGUAGUGAAAAAGGAAAAGGACGAUCAUGUAUUCGAUGAUUAUGAAUUUUCGAUCUACCUUGUUGUUGGGGAUAUUAACUUCAUUGCCUCCUUCGUUCUCAAGUUCGCGGGAGGCUAUGCUUUUAUCGCGUUCAGGUUUCUUACUUAUUGGAUCUUCGGGUUUAUUCCUCAUUUUAUUGGGAAUUUUGACUUCUCCCCCACUUCAAUCAUUCCAUAUCAUCUCUGAGGAAGAUAUGGGUGAGAUUGACACCAAACCAUUCGAAUCAGUCCAAGCUUCCCUUUCCUUGUUCGAGGAGAAAAAUAAUGACCACAGAAAGAAUGUGUCAACUGGAAGUGAGGAGGUGGGGAAGGGGAAAGAACUUGACCUUAUGCUCAAAUACUUGGCCAACUAUAAGGUGCAGCUGGAAGUAAAAGAAUCUGCUUACAUGCAAACCCUUCUCAAGCUGGAACUCUACCAAAAGACAGUCGAUGAGUUGUCAAUCCAACUGAAGAACUCUGAGGCUGAUAGGGACAAGUACUUUGAAGAAUGCAGACAAACUAGGAUCCAAAGAGAUGAACUUGAAUACAAGAUAAACAAGAUUUCGGAUCAGCUCUUGGAAACUGAGAAGGACCAAGAGCAACUUCUAGAUGCGGUAAGUAAACUGAAGGCUGUUGAAGAAGAGUGGCUGAAUACAAAAGCAGAGCUUGCUGCUGCUAAGGAAUUGAAGCUUUCUGCCAUUGAACAAGCAAAACUAAUGGAAACCUCCAUUAACAUGGAGAAGGAAAAGAAUGAGAAGCUUCUGAAGCACAUAGCAGAGCUAAACAAAGCUAUUCUGCAUUUGAAACUGGUAGCAGUUGAAGUAGCGAAAGAGAAAUCCACAAUCAAUUCAGACAAGGAUGCAAAGAUACAGAUGGCUAUGGAAGCAGCAGUUCAAGUACAUGAACCAUUGGAAAAGAUGAGAAUACAAGCAUACGCUGCGACAGAUUUGGAGAAUCAACUCUUGGUGAAGUCCCAAUUCAUUGAUUCAUUACAGUUGGAUCUGAAACAACCUAAAGAGUUCCAUAGCUCAUUUACAAAAGUUGCUUCUGUUGCAACUAAUGAUUUAAACCAGAUAAAAUCAGGGAGGGAGAUGGUAGGAAGAGAAAACUCUGACCAAGAAAUCUAUGUCGAAUCAAUGGAAACAAAGCUAAGCCAAUUAGAGUUAGAACUUAAAAUUGCAAGAGAAGAGGUUCACUAUCUGAAUCAUGAAAUUGAAAUGCUUAAAGGUGAGAUUCAAAGGGCAGAAAGUGAGAUGGAAGAGACCAGAGUAAGAGAGCGUGAAGCUCAGGUUGAGAUUGCAAUGCUAAAAUCUGAACUUCAUAAAGGCAGAUCAAAGAUUGCUGCAGCAGAGGCAGCUGAAGCAAUGACUAAGAGCAUUAAAUCAGGGUUUUAUCUUGCUGUGCAACAGCUAGCAAUAGAAGCAGAGGAAGCCAAGAAGGAAACAAAAAAGCUGAGGCGUAUAGUAGAAGUGGGUGAAGAAACCGGAAACUCUGCCAGUGUCAAACUUCAAUUUGCUGAGCCUUCUCCAUGUCUAAGAUUUCCAUUGGAAUCAGAAAUCAAAGAAGAUAAAGGAAAUAAUAUUGAUACUCAAAUCACAGUUCCAAUGAAUGAGAGUAAGGCCUUGAUCAGGAAGCCCGAGCAAGUGGACCAGCUUAUAUUAUCACCCCCUGAAGAUGCAUCACAUGUAAUAGUAUCCAAAACUGGUUCUGAAGUAGAUGCCUUGGAGAACGAACUUGAAGCUGCAAUAGCAGAAAUUAAGGAGCUUAGGUCUGUGGCAGAGAAGGCUGUAAGCAGGGCUGAACUAGCUGAAAAAGCUAAAGUGGCAGUAGAGGAUCAAUUAAGGAAGUGGAGAGAGCAGAAACAAAGAAGAGCUGCUGCAGCUGCACUUGGUGAUGAAUCCUCUCCCAAACAAAUUAAUCCUUCCAAGUGUGAAAAGGUUACUGUUACCCAUCAGCCAUUGGGUAAGGUUCUUAACUUGAAAUUCUAGUUCCACAGAAUGAGUUUCAGAAAGAAAGAACCAAGUUGCAUUGCAUUUGAGAUCUUUGAUUGACAAUAAUUAUCAUCCACUGGAAGUAACUUGUAAGGUCUUCUUAUAAGAACAUUUAGUUUUAGAAUUUUCAUACUCUAUCUUUAUGUUUUUAUAGUACUUCUCAGCAUAUGGAACCAGGGCUGGAGAUAUUAGUUCACGGCA